AAGUUGAGAAGAGUUGAUUAGGCUCUCAUAAAUAUAUGAGUGUGUAUAUUAAUACAUCAAUAAGAUUUGUAUCACAAAUAAGGAUCGAGGAGAUUCUACCACAACUCGCACACAUUCUACUAGAUAAAACUUCUUCAAUGCAGGCAACUGAAUUGAUUGGUAUUCUGCAUAAAUCCAAUCGUACUGGUCCAAUCUAUGUAAUAGUACCUCCUGCGUCAGGAACAUAUGCAUUAAUUGCAUUCGUAUUGAUAGUCAUUAGUGUUACCUUAACUUUGGUCAUGUUGUGCAACAGAAGUAUGUGGAAAUAUACGAAAACUAUGACUACUUUAAUCACCAUAACAAGUCUGUUAUGGUGUUCCGCCAUCUGUAUAGCAUUUGCAUAUCCACUUCCAGAAACCAAGUUUAUCGUGUUCACUAUUUGCAUUGUACUGAAUGCUUUAGCAGUUACGCUUGGAAGAACAAUCCAUCGGCUUAAAAGGAAAGUAUUACUUUCACUGUUUACCGUGUCAUUGAUAAUUGAUUUGAUUGGAACAGUAAUGAUUUAUCUUUCAUUAGGCAUCUAUCCUAUACGCAAUUUCCAGGCCCUAGCUGAAAUUUGCUGGUGUGCAGGUGCAUGUAUCGUAACCUUCAUAACAAUAAAUGCUCUGUGAGAUGUCAAUGUUCAAGUCGUAUUGUUGUCUUGAUAUUCCAGAGACUAUCAAAUCUGAAAUCGUAUCGGACAUUUACUGCUGAUUUCAAAAUUGAAAGAAAAUAAUCAAAAUCAUAACUCCACAUUUUUUGUCAAAAUAAUACUGAUAAAUAAAAAACAUUGAACUCCAUAA